UCAGAGGCAGGUUGUUCGGUAGUUUCUACCGGACUUCCAGAAGAUGGGCACAGGUGGUGGGACGCGAAUACCACUAUGGAUAUCAAUACUGGCUCUUGCUUCCGUACAGAUCAAAGCCCAGGAUGAUGAACAACAAACCAAAUCAAACUAUGUUUCUCCAUCCAUCCUGCAGCAACCAAAAUAUUUUCCACCAGCUUCGAAAUCCCAAGAAGUGACAAUCAUUCCACCUUUUCAAAACACACUGAAAGUAAAGGCUGGCAACCCCUCUCACAAUGGCCGUGUGUGCAGCACAUGGGGUAACUUCCACUUCAAGACCUUUGACGGGGACAUCUUUUACUUCCCUGGGGUCUGCAAUUACAUCUUUGCAUCCAACUGCAAAUCUCCCUAUGAGGACUUCAACAUCCAGAUUAGACGUACAAUGGUGAAAAAUGCUACCAUGAUCACUCACGUCAUCAUGAAGCUGGAAGGAGCAGUGAUUGAACUGACCCGCGGCUCUGUCCUGCUUGAUGGCAAAUCGGUUCAGAUGCCCUACAGCCACAUGGGAGUGUCAAUAGAGAGAAGCAACAGUUAUAUGAAAGUUUCUGCCAAAUUAGGACUGACUUUCCUUUGGAAUGAAGAGGAUGCCCUCCUGGUGGAACUAGAUAAGAAAUAUGCCAAUCAAACUUGUGGACUUUGUGGGGACUUCAAUGGAAGUCCAAUUAACAAUGAAUUUAUUUCAGAGAAGACAAAACUGACACCCAUACAGUUUGGGAACAGGCAGAAGAUGGAUGGACCCACAGAGCAGUGUGCUGAUCCUAUUCUUCCUGCUGUUGUAGUGAACUGCUCAUCCGAAUUUGCUUCUAUUUGUGAGACAGUAUUAACCAGUAAAGCAUUCACAAGUUGUAAUGCACUUGUGAAUGUUCAGGACUACAUUGAAACUUGCAUACAAGACCUAUGCCACUGUGAUAGCUCUAUGGCUGACUUCUGCAUGUGCAACACCUUUGCUGAAUACUCCCGGCAGUGUGCUCAUGCAGGUGGACAGCCUCUGAACUGGAGAACCUCAGAACUGUGUCCCAAAUUGUGUCCUUUUAACAUGCAAUACCAUGAGUGUGGCUCCCCCUGCUCUGACACGUGUAGCAACCCAGAACGAUCUGCACUUUGUGAAGAUCAUUGUACAGAUGGCUGUGUCUGCCCUCCAGGAACGGUAUUUGAUGACAUUAAUGGUGAUGGCUGCAUUCCCCGUAAAGAGUGCCACUGUACCUAUGAAGGUGAAACUUAUGCUCCUGGUGCCUCCUUCUCAUCUAAAUGCAGAUCAUGUACCUGUGCUGGAGGUGAAUGGUCUUGCGUUACCCAGUCAUGCCCUGGGACUUGCAGUAUUGAAGGAGGCUCCCACAUUUCAACAUUUGAUGAGAAAUAUUAUUCUUUCUUUGGAGACUGUAGCUAUGUCCUAACCAAGCUCUGUGACAGCAAUGAAUUCACUGUUCUGGGAGAUAUCCACAAGUGUGGUCUGACUGACACUGAGACAUGCCUCAAGGGUAUAGCUGUCAGCCUAAGUGGAGGACAAACUAACAUUGUGAUCCAGCCUUCUGGCAGUGUAUUUGUGAAUAUGAUCUACACACAGCUGCCAUUUUCUGCAGCAAAUGUCACCAUCUUCAGAUCAUCAUCUUUCUUCAUCAUUCUGCAAACAACCUUUGGUCUUCAGCUACAGGUUCAGCUCGUGCCUCUCAUGCAACUUUUUAUAGACUUAGACCCAUCACAUAAAGGGCAGACCUGUGGUCUCUGUGGAAACUUCAAUGACAUGCAGACAGAUGAUUUCAAAACCACCAGUGGUGUAAUAGAGGGCACUUCAGCUGCCUUUGGCAAUACUUGGAAAACUAGGGCUGAUUGUCCUAAUGCCAAAAACACAUUUGAGAAUCCCUGCACUGUCAGCAUACAAAAUGACCAGUACGCUCAGCACUGGUGUGGACUGCUCUCUGAUACCACGGGACCUUUUGCUGAAUGUCACUCAACAGUGAAUCCAGAAGUUUACCAGAAGAACUGCAUGUUUGACACCUGUAACUGUGAGAAGAGUGAGGACUGCAUGUGUGCUGCCCUUUCCAGCUAUGUCAGGGCCUGUGCCGCUAAAGGAGUUCUCCUAACUGGAUGGAGGAGCAAAGCCUGCACAAAAUACACUACCUUGUGUCCGAAAUCCUUGAAGUACACUUACAAUGUCGAUUCCUGUCAACCCACCUGUCGGUCUCUGAGCGAGCCUGAUGUCACAUGCAGCAUUAAGUUUGUCCCAGUUGAUGGCUGCACCUGCAUAAAUGGAACCUACAUGGAUGAAAGUGGCAAAUGUGUGCCUGCUUCUAGCUGUCCUUGUUACUACAAAGGAAUGCCUCUGUCUUCUGGAGAAGUUAUUCAUGAUAAUGGUGUUGUCUGCACUUGCACCUAUGGAAAGCUGAGCUGCAUUGGAGAGAAACCUGAACCAGUCUGCGUACCUCCCAUGGUCUAUAUUGACUGUGGCAAUGCCACUGCAGAUGUGGUAGGAGCGGGAUGCCAGAAGAGCUGUCAGACUCUAGAUAUGGAAUGUUACAGAACCCACUGUGUCUCUGGCUGUGUAUGUCCUCAUAACCAAGUGUUAGAUGGCAAAGGUGGCUGUAUAGCUCCAGAAUACUGUCCGUGCAUUCACAAUGGGAAUUCCUACAGUCCAGGAGAAUCAAUCAGAGUUGGCUGUAACAACUGCACAUGUAGAAACAGAAAAUGGCACUGCUCUGAGGAACCUUGCCUGGAAACCUGUUCUGUUUAUGGAGAUGGGCAUUACACCACCUUUGAUGGCAAACGCUUUGAUUUUGAAGGAGACUGUGAAUAUGUUCUGGUCCAGAACUACUGUGGUCAACAUGGUAUGAAUCAGGGAACCUUCAGAGUCAUCACUGAGAACAUUCCAUGUGGCACUACAGGAACCACCUGCUCUAAGUCUAUUAAAGUUUUCCUGGGGAACUAUGAGCUGGUACUCAGUGAUGGACACUCUGAUGUCAUCCAGAGGACACCUGGAGGAAAAAUGCCAUUCCAAAUCCGUUCCAUGGGCAUCUACCUGGUGGUUGACACUACUGUUGGCCUGAUACUCAUGUGGGACAAGAAAACCAGUAUAUUCAUCAAACUUAGUCCCAGCUUUCAGGAACAUGUCUGUGGACUUUGUGGAAACUAUGAUGGCAAUGGAAAUAAUGACUUCACUACUCGCAGUCAGUCGGUGGUAGGAAAUGUGCUGGAGUUUGCCAAUAGCUGGAAAGUGUCUUCUAGUUGCCCAAAUGCCAAUCGUACCAAGGAUCCAUGCACUGUGAACCCAUACAGGAAAGCCUGGGCACAGAAGCAAUGCAGUAUCAUUACCAGUGAAGUGUUUGCAAAGUGUCACUCCCAGGUUGAACCAAAUGAAUACUAUCAAGCAUGUGUGGAUGAUGCUUGUGCCUGCGACACUGGAGGAGACUGUGAAUGUUUCUGUACAGCAGUAGCCGCCUAUGCUCAAGCGUGCAAUGAGAUGGACAUCUGCAUUUCAUGGAGAACCCCAUCCAUUUGUCCUCUGUUCUGUGAUUACUACAAUCCACAAGGGGAAUGUGAGUGGCACUACAAGCCAUGUGGAGCCCCUUGUAUGAAGACCUGCAAUAAUCCAAGCGGGAACUGCCUUCAUGAGUUGAGAGGUUUGGAAGGCUGCUAUCCACACUGUCCAAAGAAUAAGUCCUAUUUUGAUGAAGAAACCAUGACUUGUGUUUCUAAUUGUGGUUGUUAUGAAAAUGGAAAAAAUUACAAACCAGGAAUGCAGAUGCCCUCACAGCAGAAUUGUCAAUCAUGUGAAUGCACAAAUCAUGGCAAAAUAUGCAAAUAUGAUGAAUAUGAAUGUGUCUGCAUUUAUGAGGGACAGAAAUACAACUAUAAAGAUGUGAUCUACAAUACUACAGAUGGUACAGGAGGAUGUAUUGUUGCAACCUGCGGUCCCAAUGGAACACUUCAAAGGGUUGUCUAUGAAUGUCCAAUCUCAACAUCACCCACAACAGCAACAACGUUUCACUUCAGCACUAUGCCACCUGCCACUACUUCCACAGUGUCACCGACUACAUCAGUAUGUGUUCAUGAAGUCUGUGAGUGGUCAGAAUGGUAUGAUGGGAGUCUGCCAACCCCUGGCUACGAUGGUGGAGAUUUUGAAACCUUUGAUGAUUUGAGAGCCAAAGGUUAUGAAGUCUGUAAAGCUCCACGGGCUGUUCAAUGCAGAGCAGAGAAAUUCCCUAAUAUACCACUGGAAGACCUUGGCCAAAAAGUAGAAUGCAGUACAACAGCUGGUCUUGUAUGUUACAACAAAGAUCAAAUUUCAACAAUGUGCAACAAUUAUGAAAUCAGAAUCUUAUGCUGUGUUUUUGUACCAUGCUCUUCCACAACACAUUUUAGCACAUCAACACCAAUCACGACUGCUCCUAAAAGCACAGAAACAUCAAGUCCCACUGAAGAAACUACAUCGUUUUCAACCACUGCAACAUCAUCAGUUACUACAACUUCUGCAAGUACACCAUUCACAUCCACUACUGAAAAAACAACAAUCACAACUGAACUGACAACACCUGUCACAACAUCUUCAACAACUCCUGUUUGCAUAAAAGAAGAAUGUUACUGGUCGAUGUGGUAUGAUGUCAGUUAUCCCGGGUCUGGAUACAAUGAUGGAGAUUUUGAUACAAUUCAAAACAUUAAAAAUAAGGGAUACAAAGUCUGUGAUAACAGAAAGGAUGUUGAAUGCAGAGCAGUAAGGUUCCCAAAUACACCAUAUCCACUCCUGGAGCAACACAUAACAUGUAAUACGGAAGAAGGGUUGAAAUGCUACAAUAAAGACCAACUACCACCAAUUUGCUAUAACUAUAAACUAAGAUUUAAAUGCUGUACAGAUAUAAUAGUACCAUGCCAGUCAACUACAGCACCCCACACAACUACAAAAAUAGCAAAAACAACACAGAUUCUUUCAACAAUCCAAAGUACAUCAUCCACAGAAGUACCGACCACACCACACAUACAAACUAAACAUAAGACAACUACAAUGCCGACAGUUCCACCAGAAACAGAAUAUAUUCAUACAAGAACUACAACACGACCAAUGACAACCACUCAAAGUGAAAAAAUGACCACGACAGUCUCAAGGCCAACCAUGACAACAACGACCAUACCCACUCCCACCACGACAUCCCCCACCACCCAGUCCACUACCCGCUGUGAACCCGAAGUCUGCUCCUGGAGCGAAUGGUUUGAUGUCGACUUCCCCUCCUCAGGGCCCAGCCAGGGAGACUUUGAAACCUACCAGCACAUCCGGGCCGCCGGGAAGGAAAUCUGUCAACACCCUAAGGAAAUCGAGUGCCGGGCGGAGGACUUCCCCGAGGUUUCCAUCCAAUACGUCGGACAGGUCGUGCAGUGCGACAUCCACUUUGGACUGGUGUGCAAGAACGAAGACCAGACGGGCAAAUUUAAGAUGUGCCUCAACUACAAGAUCCGCGUCCUCUGCUGCAGCCCUAACUACAACUGCCCAGGGAGCACCACCUUGCCCACCAGCAGCCCCACCACCAUCACCUCCCCCACGUCAACCGGCACCGCCACGACGCCCACCACGGUCACGACCUCCACCUCCACGUCCUACACCCCCACCACGCUGCCCACCUCCUCAGAAACCACAUCGCAAACCUACACUACCACCACCACCACUCUCACGCCAACAACGACCAUACCCACUCCCACCACGACAUCCCCCACCACCCAGUCCACUACCCGCUGUGAACCCGAAGUCUGCUCCUGGAGCGAAUGGUUUGAUGUCGACUUCCCCUCCUCAGGGCCCAGCCAGGGAGACUUUGAAACCUACCAGCACAUCCGGGCCGCCGGGAAGGAAAUCUGUCAACACCCUAAGGAAAUCGAGUGCCGGGCGGAGGACUUCCCCGAGGUUUCCAUCCAAUACGUCGGACAGGUCGUGCAGUGCGACGUCCACUUUGGACUGGUGUGCAAGAACGAAGACCAGACGGGCAAAUUUAAGAUGUGCCUCAACUACAAGAUCCGCGUCCUCUGCUGCAGCCCUAACUACAACUGCCCAGGGAGCACCACCUUGCCCACCAGCAGCCCCACCACCAUCACCUCCCCCACGUCAACCGGCACCGCCACGACGCCCACCACGGUCACGACCUCCACCUCCAUGUCCUACACCCCCACCACGCUGCCCACCUCCUCAGAAACCACAUCGCAAACCUACACUACCACCACCACCACUCUCACGCCAACAACGACCAUACCCACUCCCACCACGACAUCCCCCACCACCCAGUCCACUACCCGCUGUGAACCCGAAGUCUGCUCCUGGAGCGAAUGGUUUGAUGUCGACUUCCCCUCCUCAGGGCCCAGCCAGGGAGACUUUGAAACCUACCAGCACAUCCGGGCCGCCGGGAAGGAAAUCUGUCAACACCCUAAGGAAAUCGAGUGCCGGGCGGAGGACUUCCCCGAGGUUUCCAUCCAAUACGUCGGACAGGUCGUGCAGUGCGACGUCCACUUUGGACUGGUGUGCAAGAACGAAGACCAGACGGGCAAAUUUAAGAUGUGCCUCAACUACAAGAUCCGCGUCCUCUGCUGCAGCCCUAACUACAACUGCCCAGGGAGCACCACCUUGCCCACCAGCAGCCCCACCACCAUCACCUCCCCCACGUCAACUGGCACCGCCACGACGCCCACCACGGUCACGACCUCCACCUCCACGUCCUACACCCCCACCACGCUGCCCACCUCCUCAGAAACCACAUCGCAAACCUACACUACCACCACCACCACUCUCACGCCAACAACGACCAUACCCACUCCCACCACGACAUCCCCCACCACCCAGUCCACUACCCGCUGUGAACCCGAAGUCUGCUCCUGGAGCGAAUGGUUUGAUGUCGACUUCCCCUCCUCAGGGCCCAGCCAGGGAGACUUUGAAACCUACCAGCACAUCCGGGCCGCCGGGAAGGAAAUCUGUCAACACCCUAAGGAAAUCGAGUGCCGGGCGGAGGACUUCCCCGAGGUUUCCAUCCAAUACGUCGGACAGGUCGUGCAGUGCGACGUCCACUUUGGACUGGUGUGCAAGAACGAAGACCAGACGGGCAAAUUUAAGAUGUGCCUCAACUACAAGAUCCGCGUCCUCUGUUGCAGCCCUAACUACAACUGCCCAGGGAGCACCACCUUGCCCACCAGCAGCCCCACCACCAUCACCUCCCCCACGUCAACCGGCACCGCCACGACGCCCACCACGGUCACGACCUCCACCUCCACGUCCUACACCCCCACCACGCUGCCCACCUCCUCAGAAACCACAUCGCAAACCUACACUACCACCACCACCACUCUCACGCCAACAACGACCAUACCCACUCCCACCACGACAUCCCCCACCACCCAGUCCACUACCCGCUGUGAACCCGAAGUCUGCUCCUGGAGCGAAUGGUUUGAUGUCGACUUCCCCUCCUCAGGGCCCAGCCAGGGAGACUUUGAAACCUACCAGCACAUCCGGGCCGCCGGGAAGGAAAUCUGUCAACACCCUAAGGAAAUCGAGUGCCGGGCGGAGGACUUCCCCGAGGUUUCCAUCCAAUACGUCGGACAGGUCGUGCAGUGCGACGUCCACUUUGGACUGGUGUGCAAGAACGAAGACCAGACGGGCAAAUUUAAGAUGUGCCUCAACUACAAGAUCCGCGUCCUCUGCUGCAGCCCUAACUACAACUGCCCAGGGAGCACCACCUUGCCCACCAGCAGCCCCACCACCAUCACCUCCCCCACGUCAACCGGCACCGCCACGACGCCCACCACGGUCACGACCUCCACCUCCACGUCCUACACCCCCACCACGCUGCCCACCUCCUCAGAAACCACAUCGCAAACCUACACUACCACCACCACCACUCUCACGCCAACAACGACCAUACCCACUCCCACCACGACAUCCCCCACCACCCAGUCCACUACCCGCUGUGAACCCGAAGUCUGCUCCUGGAGCGAAUGGUUUGAUGUCGACUUCCCCUCCUCAGGGCCCAGCCAGGGAGACUUUGAAACCUACCAGCACAUCCGGGCCGCCGGGAAGGAAAUCUGUCAACACCCUAAGGAAAUCGAGUGCCGGGCGGAGGACUUCCCCGAGGUUUCCAUCCAAUACGUCGGACAGGUCGUGCAGUGCGACGUCCACUUUGGACUGGUGUGCAAGAACGAAGACCAGACGGGCAAAUUUAAGAUGUGCCUCAACUACAAGAUCCGCGUCCUCUGUUGCAGCCCUAACUACAACUGCCCAGGGAGCACCACCUUGCCCACCAGCAGCCCCACCACCAUCACCUCCCCCACGUCAACCGGCACCGCCACGACGCCCACCACGGUCACGACCUCCACCUCCACGUCCUACACCCCCACCACGCUGCCCACCUCCUCAGAAACCACAUCGCAAACCUACACUACCACCACCACCACUCUCACGCCAACAACGACCAUACCCACUCCCACCACGACAUCCCCCACCACCCAGUCCACUACCCGCUGUGAACCCGAAGUCUGCUCCUGGAGCGAAUGGUUUGAUGUCGACUUCCCCUCCUCAGGGCCCAGCCAGGGAGACUUUGAAACCUACCAGCACAUCCGGGCCGCCGGGAAGGAAAUCUGUCAACACCCUAAGGAAAUCGAGUGCCGGGCGGAGGACUUCCCCGAGGUUUCCAUCCAAUACGUCGGACAGGUCGUGCAGUGCGACGUCCACUUUGGACUGGUGUGCAAGAACGAAGACCAGACGGGCAAAUUUAAGAUGUGCCUCAACUACAAGAUCCGCGUCCUCUGCUGCAGCCCUAACUACAACUGCCCAGGGAGCACCACCUUGCCCACCAGCAGCCCCACCACCAUCACCUCCCCCACGUCAACCGGCACCGCCACGACGCCCACCACGGUCACGACCUCCACCUCCACGUCCUACACCCCCACCACGCUGCCCACCUCCUCAGAAACCACAUCGCAAACCUACACUACCACCACCACCACUCUCACGCCAACAACGACCAUACCCACUCCCACCACGACAUCCCCCACCACCCAGUCCACUACCCGCUGUGAACCCGAAGUCUGCUCCUGGAGCGAAUGGUUUGAUGUCGACUUCCCCUCCUCAGGGCCCAGCCAGGGAGACUUUGAAACCUACCAGCACAUCCGGGCCGCCGGGAAGGAAAUCUGUCAACACCCUAAGGAAAUCGAGUGCCGGGCGGAGGACUUCCCCGAGGUUUCCAUCCAAUACGUCGGACAGGUCGUGCAGUGCGACGUCCACUUUGGACUGGUGUGCAAGAACGAAGACCAGACGGGCAAAUUUAAGAUGUGCCUCAACUACAAGAUCCGCGUCCUCUGCUGCAGCCCUAACUACAACUGCCCAGGGAGCACCACCUUGCCCACCAGCAGCCCCACCACCAUCACCUCCCCCACGUCAACCGGCACCGCCACGACGCCCACCACGGUCACGACCUCCACCUCCACGUCCUACACCCCCACCACGCUGCCCACCUCCUCAGAAACCACAUCGCAAACCUACACUACCACCACCACCACUCUCACGCCAACAACGACCAUACCCACUCCCACCACGACAUCCCCCACCACCCAGUCCACUACCCGCUGUGAACCCGAAGUCUGCUCCUGGAGCGAAUGGUUUGAUGUCGACUUCCCCUCCUCAGGGCCCAGCCAGGGAGACUUUGAAACCUACCAGCACAUCCGGGCCGCCGGGAAGGAAAUCUGUCAACACCCUAAGGAAAUCGAGUGCCGGGCGGAGGACUUCCCCGAGGUUUCCAUCCAAUACGUCGGACAGGUCGUGCAGUGCGACGUCCACUUUGGACUGGUGUGCAAGAACGAAGACCAGACGGGCAAAUUUAAGAUGUGCCUCAACUACAAGAUCCGCGUCCUCUGCUGCAGCCCUAACUACAACUGCCCAGGGAGCACCACCUUGCCCACCAGCAGCCCCACCACCAUCACCUCCCCCACGUCAACCGGCACCGCCACGACGCCCACCACGGUCACGACCUCCACCUCCACGUCCUACACCCCCACCACGCUGCCCACCUCCUCAGAAACCACAUCGCAAACCUACACUACCACCACCACCACUCUCACGCCAACAACGACCAUACCCACUCCCACCACGACAUCCCCCACCACCCAGUCCACUACCCGCUGUGAACCCGAAGUCUGCUCCUGGAGCGAAUGGUUUGAUGUCGACUUCCCCUCCUCAGGGCCCAGCCAGGGAGACUUUGAAACCUACCAGCACAUCCGGGCCGCCGGGAAGGAAAUCUGUCAACACCCUAAGGAAAUCGAGUGCCGGGCGGAGGACUUCCCCGAGGUUUCCAUCCAAUACGUCGGACAGGUCGUGCAGUGCGACGUCCACUUUGGACUGGUGUGCAAGAACGAAGACCAGACGGGCAAAUUUAAGAUGUGCCUCAACUACAAGAUCCGCGUCCUCUGCUGCAGCCCUAACUACAACUGCCCAGGGAGCACCACCUUGCCCACCAGCAGCCCCACCACCAUCACCUCCCCCACGUCAACCGGCACCGCCACGACGCCCACCACGGUCACGACCUCCACCUCCACGUCCUACACCCCCACCACGCUGCCCACCUCCUCAGAAACCACAUCGCAAACCUACACUACCACCACCACCACUCUCACGCCAACAACGACCAUACCCACUCCCACCACGACAUCCCCCACCACCCAGUCCACUACCCGCUGUGAACCCGAAGUCUGCUCCUGGAGCGAAUGGUUUGAUGUCGACUUCCCCUCCUCAGGGCCCAGCCAGGGAGACUUUGAAACCUACCAGCACAUCCGGGCCGCCGGGAAGGAAAUCUGUCAACACCCUAAGGAAAUCGAGUGCCGGGCGGAGGACUUCCCCGAGGUUUCCAUCCAAUACGUCGGACAGGUCGUGCAGUGCGACGUCCACUUUGGACUGGUGUGCAAGAACGAAGACCAGACGGGCAAAUUUAAGAUGUGCCUCAACUACAAGAUCCGCGUCCUCUGCUGCAGCCCUAACUACAACUGCCCAGGGAGCACCACCUCGCCCACCAGCAGCCCCACCACCAUCACCUCCCCCACGUCAACCGGCACCGCCACGACGCCCACCACGGUCACGACCUCCACCUCCACGUCCUACACCCCCACCACGCUGCCCACCUCCUCAGAAACCACAUCGCAAACCUACACUACCACCACCACCACUCUCACGCCAACAACGACCAUACCCACUCCCACCACGACAUCCCCCACCACCCAGUCCACUACCCGCUGUGAACCCGAAGUCUGCUCCUGGAGCGAAUGGUUUGAUGUCGACUUCCCCUCCUCAGGGCCCAGCCAGGGAGACUUUGAAACCUACCAGCACAUCCGGGCCGCCGGGAAGGAAAUCUGUCAACACCCUAAGGAAAUCGAGUGCCGGGCGGAGGACUUCCCCGAGGUUUCCAUCCAAUACGUCGGACAGGUCGUGCAGUGCGACGUCCACUUUGGACUGGUGUGCAAGAACGAAGACCAGACGGGCAAAUUUAAGAUGUGCCUCAACUACAAGAUCCGCGUCCUCUGCUGCAGCCCUAACUACAACUGCCCAGGGAGCACCACCUCGCCCACCAGCAGCCCCACCACCAUCACCUCCCCCACGUCAACCGGCACCGCCACGACGCCCACCACGGUCACGACCUCCACCUCCACGUCCUACACCCCCACCACGCUGCCCACCUCCUCAGAAACCACAUCGCAAACCUACACUACCACCACCACCACUCUCACGCCAACAACGACCAUACCCACUCCCACCACGACAUCCCCCACCACCCAGUCCACUACCCGCUGUGAACCCGAAGUCUGCUCCUGGAGCGAAUGGUUUGAUGUCGACUUCCCCUCCUCAGGGCCCAGCCAGGGAGACUUUGAAACCUACCAGCACAUCCGGGCCGCCGGGAAGGAAAUCUGUCAACACCCUAAGGAAAUCGAGUGCCGGGCGGAGGACUUCCCCGAGGUUUCCAUCCAAUACGUCGGACAGGUCGUGCAGUGCGACGUCCACUUUGGACUGGUGUGCAAGAACGAAGACCAGACGGGCAAAUUUAAGAUGUGCCUCAACUACAAGAUCCGCGUCCUCUGCUGCAGCCCUAACUACAACUGCCCAGGGAGCACCACCUCGCCCACCAGCAGCCCCACCACCAUCACCUCCCCCACGUCAACCGGCACCGCCACGACGCCCACCACGGUCACGACCUCCACCUCCACGUCCUACACCCCCACCACGCUGCCCACCUCCUCAGAAACCACAUCGCAAACCUACACUACCACCACCACCACUCUCACGCCAACAACGACCAUACCCACUCCCACCACGACAUCCCCCACCACCCAGUCCACUACCCGCUGUGAACCCGAAGUCUGCUCCUGGAGCGAAUGGUUUGAUGUCGACUUCCCCUCCUCAGGGCCCAGCCAGGGAGACUUUGAAACCUACCAGCACAUCCGGGCCGCCGGGAAGGAAAUCUGUCAACACCCUAAGGAAAUCGAGUGCCGGGCGGAGGACUUCCCCGAGGUUUCCAUCCAAUACGUCGGACAGGUCGUGCAGUGCGACGUCCACUUUGGACUGGUGUGCAAGAACGAAGACCAGACGGGCAAAUUUAAGAUGUGCCUCAACUACAAGAUCCGCGUCCUCUGCUGCAGCCCUAACUACAACUGCCCAGGGAGCACCACCUUGCCCACCAGCAGCCCCACCACCAUCACCUCCCCCACGUCAACCGGCACCGCCACGACGCCCACCACGGUCACGACCUCCACCUCCACGUCCUACACCCCCACCACGCUGCCCACCUCCUCAGAAACCACAUCGCAAACCUACACUACCACCACCACCACUCUCACGCCAACAACGACCAUACCCACUCCCACCACGACAUCCCCCACCACCCAGUCCACUACCCGCUGUGAACCCGAAGUCUGCUCCUGGAGCGAAUGGUUUGAUGUCGACUUCCCCUCCUCAGGGCCCAGCCAGGGAGACUUUGAAACCUACCAGCACAUCCGGGCCGCCGGGAAGGAAAUCUGUCAACACCCUAAGGAAAUCGAGUGCCGGGCGGAGGACUUCCCCGAGGUUUCCAUCCAAUACGUCGGACAGGUCGUGCAGUGCGACGUCCACUUUGGACUGGUGUGCAAGAACGAAGACCAGACGGGCAAAUUUAAGAUGUGCCUCAACUACAAGAUCCGCGUCCUCUGCUGCAGCCCUAACUACAACUGCCCAGGGAGCACCACCUUGCCCACCAGCAGCCCCACCACCAUCACCUCCCCCACGUCAACCGGCACCGCCACGACGCCCACCACGGUCACGACCUCCACCUCCACGUCCUACACCCCCACCACGCUGCCCACCUCCUCAGAAACCACAUCGCAAACCUACACUACCACCACCACCACUCUCACGCCAACAACGACCAUACCCACUCCCACCACGACAUCCCCCACCACCCAGUCCACUACCCGCUGUGAACCCGAAGUCUGCUCCUGGAGCGAAUGGUUUGAUGUCGACUUCCCCUCCUCAGGGCCCAGCCAGGGAGACUUUGAAACCUACCAGCACAUCCGGGCCGCCGGGAAGGAAAUCUGUCAACACCCUAAGGAAAUCGAGUGCCGGGCGGAGGACUUCCCCGAGGUUUCCAUCCAAUACGUCGGACAGGUCGUGCAGUGCGACGUCCACUUUGGACUGGUGUGCAAGAACGAAGACCAGACGGGCAAAUUUAAGAUGUGCCUCAACUACAAGAUCCGCGUCCUCUGCUGCAGCCCUAACUACAACUGCCCAGGGAGCACCACCUCGCCCACCAGCAGCCCCACCACCAUCACCUCCCCCACGUCAACCGGCACCGCCACGACGCCCACCACGGUCACGACCUCCACCUCCACGUCCUACACCCCCACCACGCUGCCCACCUCCUCAGAAACCACAUCGCAAACCUACACUACCACCACCACCACUCUCACGCCAACAACGACCAUACCCACUCCCACCACGACAUCCCCCACCACCCAGUCCACUACCCGCUGUGAACCCGAAGUCUGCUCCUGGAGCGAAUGGUUUGAUGUCGACUUCCCCUCCUCAGGGCCCAGCCAGGGAGACUUUGAAACCUACCAGCACAUCCGGGCCGCCGGGAAGGAAAUCUGUCAACACCCUAAGGAAAUCGAGUGCCGGGCGGAGGACUUCCCCGAGGUUUCCAUCCAAUACGUCGGACAGGUCGUGCAGUGCGACGUCCACUUUGGACUGGUGUGCAAGAACGAAGACCAGACGGGCAAAUUUAAGAUGUGCCUCAACUACAAGAUCCGCGUCCUCUGCUGCAGCCCUAACUACAACUGCCCAGGGAGCACCACCUCGCCCACCAGCAGCCCCACCACCAUCACCUCCCCCACGUCAACCGGCACCGCCACGACGCCCACCACGGUCACGACCUCCACCUCCACGUCCUACACCCCCACCACGCUGCCCACCUCCUCAGAAACCACAUCGCAAACCUACACUACCACCACCACCACUCUCACGCCAACAACGACCAUACCCACUCCCACCACGACAUCCCCCACCACCCAGUCCACUACCCGCUGUGAACCCGAAGUCUGCUCCUGGAGCGAAUGGUUUGAUGUCGACUUCCCCUCCUCAGGGCCCAGCCAGGGAGACUUUGAAACCUACCAGCACAUCCGGGCCGCCGGGAAGGAAAUCUGUCAACACCCUAAGGAAAUCGAGUGCCGGGCGGAGGACUUCCCCGAGGUUUCCAUCCAAUACGUCGGACAGGUCGUGCAGUGCGACGUCCACUUUGGACUGGUGUGCAAGAACGAAGACCAGACGGGCAAAUUUAAGAUGUGCCUCAACUACAAGAUCCGCGUCCUCUGCUGCAGCCCUAACUACAACUGCCCAGGGAGCACCACCUCGCCCACCAGCAGCCCCACCACCAUCACCUCCCCCACGUCAACCGGCACCGCCACGACGCCCACCACGGUCACGACCUCCACCUCCACGUCCUACACCCCCACCACGCUGCCCACCUCCUCAGAAACCACAUCGCAAACCUACACUACCACCACCACCACUCUCACGCCAACAACGACCAUACCCACUCCCACCACGACAUCCCCCACCACCCAGUCCACUACCCGCUGUGAACCCGAAGUCUGCUCCUGGAGCGAAUGGUUUGAUGUCGACUUCCCCUCCUCAGGGCCCAGCCAGGGAGACUUUGAAACCUACCAGCACAUCCGGGCCGCCGGGAAGGAAAUCUGUCAACACCCUAAGGAAAUCGAGUGCCGGGCGGAGGACUUCCCCGAGGUUUCCAUCCAAUACGUCGGACAGGUCGUGCAGUGCGACGUCCACUUUGGACUGGUGUGCAAGAACGAAGACCAGACGGGCAAAUUUAAGAUGUGCCUCAACUACAAGAUCCGCGUCCUCUGCUGCAGCCCUAACUACAACUGCCCAGGGAGCACCACCUUGCCCACCAGCAGCCCCACCACCAUCACCUCCCCCACGUCAACCGGCACCGCCACGACGCCCACCACGGUCACGACCUCCACCUCCACGUCCUACACCCCCACCACGCUGCCCACCUCCUCAGAAACCACAUCGCAAACCUACACUACCACCACCACCACUCUCACGCCAACAACGACCAUACCCACUCCCACCACGACAUCCCCCACCACCCAGUCCACUACCCGCUGUGAACCCGAAGUCUGCUCCUGGAGCGAAUGGUUUGAUGUCGACUUCCCCUCCUCAGGGCCCAGCCAGGGAGACUUUGAAACCUACCAGCACAUCCGGGCCGCCGGGAAGGAAAUCUGUCAACACCCUAAGGAAAUCGAGUGCCGGGCGGAGGACUUCCCCGAGGUUUCCAUCCAAUACGUCGGACAGGUCGUGCAGUGCGACGUCCACUUUGGACUGGUGUGCAAGAACGAAGACCAGACGGGCAAAUUUAAGAUGUGCCUCAACUACAAGAUCCGCGUCCUCUGCUGCAGCCCUAACUACAACUGCCCAGGGAGCACCACCUUGCCCACCAGCAGCCCCACCACCAUCACCUCCCCCACGUCAACCGGCACCGCCACGACGCCCACCACGGUCACGACCUCCACCUCCACGUCCUACUCCCCCACCACGCUGCCCACCUCCUCAGAAACCACAUCGCAAACCUACACUACCACCACCACCACUCUCACGCCAACAACGACCAUACCCACUCCCACCACGACAUCCCCCACCACCCAGUCCACUACCCGCUGUGAACCCGAAGUCUGCUCCUGGAGCGAAUGGUUUGAUGUCGACUUCCCCUCCUCAGGGCCCAGCCAGGGAGACUUUGAAACCUACCAGCACAUCCGGGCCGCCGGGAAGGAAAUCUGUCAACACCCUAAGGAAAUCGAGUGCCGGGCGGAGGACUUCCCCGAGGUUUCCAUCCAAUACGUUGGACAGGUCGUGCAGUGCGACGUCCACUUUGGACUGGUGUGCAAGAACGAAGACCAGACGGGCAAAUUUAAGAUGUGCCUCAACUACAAGAUCCGCGUCCUCUGCUGCAGCCCUAACUACAACUGCCCAGGGAGCACCACCUUGCCCACCAGCAGCCCCACCACCAUCACCUCCCCCACGUCAACCGGCACCGCCACGACGCCCACCACGGUCACGACCUCCACCUCCACGUCCUACUCCCCCACCACGCUGCCCACCUCCUCAGAAACCACAUCGCAAACCUACACUACCACCACCACCACUCUCACGCCAACAACGACCAUACCCACUCCCACCACGACAUCCCCCACCACCCAGUCCACUACCCGCUGUGAACCCGAAGUCUGCUCCUGGAGCGAAUGGUUUGAUGUCGACUUCCCCUCCUCAGGGCCCAGCCAGGGAGACUUUGAAACCUACCAGCACAUCCGGGCCGCCGGGAAGGAAAUCUGUCAACACCCUAAGGAAAUCGAGUGCCGGGCGGAGGACUUCCCCGAGGUUUCCAUCCAAUACGUCGGACAGGUCGUGCAGUGCGACGUCCACUUUGGACUGGUGUGCAAGAACGAAGACCAGACGGGCAAAUUUAAGAUGUGCCUCAACUACAAGAUCCGCGUCCUCUGCUGCAGCCCUAACUACAACUGCCCAGGGAGCACCACCUUGCCCACCAGCAGCCCCACCACCAUCACCUCCCCCACGUCAACCGGCACCGCCACGACGCCCACCACGGUCACGACCUCCACCUCCACGUCCUACACCCCCACCACGCUGCCCACCUCCUCAGAAACCACAUCGCAAACCUACACUACCACCACCACCACUCUCACGCCAACAACGACCAUACCCACUCCCACCACGACAUCCCCCACCACCCAGUCCACUACCCGCUGUGAACCCGAAGUCUGCUCCUGGAGCGAAUGGUUUGAUGUCGACUUCCCCUCCUCAGGGCCCAGCCAGGGAGACUUUGAAACCUACCAGCACAUCCGGGCCGCCGGGAAGGAAAUCUGUCAACACCCUAAGGAAAUCGAGUGCCGGGCGGAGGACUUCCCCGAGGUUUCCAUCCAAUACGUCGGACAGGUCGUGCAGUGCGACGUCCACUUUGGACUGGUGUGCAAGAACGAAGACCAGACGGGCAAAUUUAAGAUGUGCCUCAACUACAAGAUCCGCGUCCUCUGCUGCAGCCCUAACUACAACUGCCCAGGGAGCACCACCUUGCCCACCAGCAGCCCCACCACCAUCACCUCCCCCACGUCAACCGGCACCGCCACGACGCCCACCACGGUCACGACCUCCACCUCCACGUCCUACACCCCCACCACGCUGCCCACCUCCUCAGAAACCACAUCGCAAACCUACACUACCACCACCACCACUCUCACGCCAACAACGACCAUACCCACUCCCACCACGACAUCCCCCACCACCCAGUCCACUACCCGCUGUGAACCCGAAGUCUGCUCCUGGAGCGAAUGGUUUGAUGUCGACUUCCCCUCCUCAGGGCCCAGCCAGGGAGACUUUGAAACCUACCAGCACAUCCGGGCCGCCGGGAAGGAAAUCUGUCAACACCCUAAGGAUAUUGAGUGCCAGGCAGACUACCCUGAUAUUUCCAUCCAAGACUUCGGACAGGUCGUGCAGUGCGACGUCCACUUUGGACUGGUGUGCAGGAACGAAGACCAGACGGGCAAAUUUAAGAUGUGCCUCAACUACAAGAUCCGCGUCCUCUGCUGCAGCCCUAACUACAACUGCCCAGGGAGCACCACCUUGCCCACCACCAGCCUUACCACCGCUACUACCACCUCUGUACCUUGCUGCACCACCACUUCUUCUACCCCUGUAUCAACACCAUGCUUCUGUAAAAUUGGCGAUUCUAUUUUUUCACCUGGUGAUUUGAUUUACAACCAAAUGGAUAGUGAUGGGUGCAGAUUUUAUGCCAUCUGUAGUCCAACUUGUACGGUUGAACGACACACUGUCGAUUGUAACGUUACUACUCCUCUACCCACUACUUCCCCUGAAUGGUCUACUGUAACAUCAUCAGUUCCUGUGCCUAUCACUUCUGGAAGAGUUCCUUUUCAUGGUUGUGUUUCUGGUACUUACCCUCCGCUACAGCCUGGGCAAAGAUACAAAUUAUCCAACUGUACAGAACUCAUCUGUAAGGGAGACAACAAGGUAGAAGUAGUUCCAACACAUUGCCCACCCGUAAAGGAAAUUACCUGUGCGAACAAAUAUCCACCAAUACUGGUCCCUGAUGAAAACGGCUGCUGUUACCAUUAUGAAUGUCAAUGUGUGUGCAGUGGAUGGGGUGAUCCUCAUUAUAUUACUUUUGAUGGAACCUACUAUACUUUCCUUGAAAAUUGCACUUACGUCCUGGUGAAACAGAUUGUACCUAAAUAUGAUAACUUCCGUGUGUACAUUGACAAUUAUUACUGUGAUGCAAAAGAUGGACUUUCCUGCCCUAAAUCCAUUAUUAUUUUCUACAAAUCUGCAGAAGUGGUGCUGACCCGUAAACUCAUGAAUGGUGUGAUGACCAAUGUGAUGUACUUCAACAAAAAGAUUGUCAAACCAGGCUUCAAAAAAGAUGGCAUUUCUUUCUCCACACUUGGCAUCAACAUGAUUGUUGAAAUACAAGAGAUUGGUGCAACCAUCACCUUCAGUGGGCUGAUUUUCUCUGUGAAACUCCCAUACAGCAAAUUUGGCAACAACACCGAAGGACAGUGCGGAACAUGUACAAAUAAUAAAUUAGAUGAAUGCCGUUUACCAAGUGGUAAGAUCAUUUCUUCCUGUCCCCAAAUGGCUCAUCACUGGAUUGUUGGUAGCAACGAGUCAUGCCAUGGAGUACCAAUACCACCAGUUGUAACCACACCUUCACCAAAGCCUCACUGUGAAACACCUCGUCUCUGCAAGCUUAUUUGGAGCGAGAUUUUUGCAGAAUGCCAUGCUGUGAUACCACCAGAACCAUUUUUCAAAGGCUGUGUUUUUGAUGGAUGUCGCAUAGCCAAUGAAUCCAUGCAGUGUUCCAGUUUGGAGAUAUAUGCUACAGAGUGUGCUGCUAGAGGUGUCUGCAUUGACUGGAGAGGAAAGACCAACAAUACAUGCCCAUACAACUGUCCAGCAACCACGAUAUAUAGCCCAUGUGGGCCCAUUAAUCCUCCUACCUGUGACCCAAGCUUGGUUGAGCUUCCUGGUUAUGGAGUAACUGAAGGAUGUUUCUGUCCUGAAGGAAAGACACUCAUGAGUGAAGACAGCAACAUCUGUGUCUCUGAAUGCUCUUGUAGGGAACCAAAUGGAGCAACCAGACGGCCAGGAGAAAAAUGGACAAAAGAUUGCCAGGAAUGUGUCUGUGACAAAAAUACUCUUAAAGUGCACUGUAGCAAACACAAAUGUUCUCUGACGCAGCAAGUAUUCUGUGGUGAACCAGGUUACAUACCUGUUCAGAUACAGAUACCAGAAGAUCCAUGCUGUACCAGGACUGAGUGCUACUGCAACACUAGCCUCUGCCCUGAGCUCACACCCCAGUGCUUAGAGGGACAAGAAGUAAUCACAGUAAUGCAGCCUGGAAAAUGCUGUCCUACCUUUGAAUGCAGACAUGGCUGUGUAGUCAAUGAAACCUACUAUGCACCUGGAGCUGUCAUUCCAUCAGGUCCCUGUGAAGAAUGCACCUGCUCUGAAUCCUCUUACUCAAGACUUCACCAUGCUACCAUCAAAUGUGAGCCUGUUAUCUGUGACACAUACUGCCCAGUGGGUUAUAAGUAUACAAAGGAACCUGGACAAUGCUGUGGCACAUGCAAGGCAGCGGCUUGUAUAGUGACUGUGGGAGAAAACAUUACACGCGUGCUCCAAGUUGGAGAAUUCUGGAGUGCACCUGGUGAUAACUGUACAAUUCACACAUGUGAAAAAUAUGAUGACCAGUUCAUUCAAGUUGUCUUACAGAAAAGCUGUCCUCCCUUUAACCCCAAUGACUGUGAUCCAGAUGACAUCAAGCUAUCUGACGAUGGCUGCUGUAAAGAGUGCCCAGUAAAAUUGAAGAGUUGUAUGAAGCACAAUACUACUGCUGUCAUCAAAUAUCAUGGAUGUGUAUCUCCUGCACCUGUUGAGAUGACAUACUGUGAAGGCAGCUGUGAUGCUUACUCACGAUAUUCUCUAGAGGCGAACACAAUGGAACAUAAAUGCUCAUGUUGUCAGGAAAUCAAGACCAGCCAGAGAAAGGUGACUCUGACAUGCAGUGAUGGAACCUACCUUGAUCACUCAUACACCUAUGUGGAGAAAUGCAGCUGUGUGAGCACUGAGUGCAUUCCCCAAGCCAGCACCCAACAGACAAUAAACCAGAAAAAGGCCUCUCAGGAACAAGUGAAUGUCUGAAAUUAGAACUAGAGAGGUCAAACAAGGGUUGAACAUAAGACUAAAAAAACCUUUGAAAUAAUACAAAAGUGUCAAAAGCAGCUAAAAUUGUGGAUGAACAGAUGAUAUUUUCCGCAUACAAACUCAAUAUGUCUGUCUAUGUUAUCUCAGUUUUCAUUACCAAUAGAUCUCCCAUUGUUUUUCAUGUCUUUACUUUUACAUCUUGAGAGGUACAGCAUAAGGUCAUUUUGACAUUUUCUGUUUGUUUGUUUAUUUUCUGAGAAGUGCUGUACCAUAAGACUGAGAGCUGGAUUUACACUUGCACAAAGUCUAUUAUGAGAACAACAUUCUUUUCUGGCUUGAAGCUUGCCUGUGGUGGCAUAAUAUAGACACUUGACAAUAUCUAAUAUUUCCAUUGAUGCAGACUGACCUUUUUUAUAACAACUUCAUUCCAGUUCAUUGAGACAAAUGAAAAGCUAAAGUCCAGAAAACAAACAAAUAAAUAAAACCCAAGGAAAACUGUACCUCUCUGUUUCUUUAUUUUUCUUUUUGCAUUAAGGAAAACUUGGUCUGCAGAAAGCCAUACCUUCUCAAAACUAUAAACUUCAAUAUUUUGAACAAUUUAUGAUGGGCAUAUUUCCCUAUAUAUUCUCAUGAGAAAAAGAAAGAAAUCCUAUCAUGAGAAGCUGCUGCACACUACUCUUUGUUUACAUAACAUCAUCAGCAUAGUAACUGUAUGAAAAUAUGGAAUUUUUUUUGUUUGUGGUUAACUGUUUACAGAAGAAGUAUAUAUAUAUAUAUAUAUAUUUUUGCCAACAGGGGCAUAUGAAGGAUUUUUGUAAACAAAAGAUAAUAAUAAUAAUAAUAAUAAUAAUAAUAAUAAUAAUAAAUGUAAAUUCUUUCCUAGGAAACUUUUAAAAGUUGAACCAUUGCUAUUUAUUUUGUUUUUUGAAAAUUGAUUUAUUGGGUCAUUCCUUUCAGAAUUAAUGGCAUCCCAUUUCUUAGUCUUAGUCAUGUUAUCUGGGUGUGGUAUAUUUUCUUCUUCUAUUUUGUUUUGAAAUAUUGUUUUAUUUUUGUUCCAUAUGAAAAAAAGUAAUGAUGAUUAAUAAAUUUUGAGCA